GUGGACAGAAGGGGGCAGCACCAACCCUAAAGCGGAAGGAAGAGGACGCGGACAGCUGUUGUGAUUUUUAGAAAAAUGCUUUAAAUCGGAACUAAUGACAGUUUAACGGUCAGCGAUUAUUUUUAAAGCCGCUCACCGGAGGAAGAUACCGGACCUGACAAUGAUGGCCUCCAGCUACAAAGACGAAGACGGACACAUCAGCGUGUCGGGAUCCGGAGCUGCGGCCGGCGGCGGCUCUCUGCGCUCCAAGAAGCCUGAAAACACCGCUUUCAAGCAGCAGAGACUCCCGGCUUGGCAGCCCAUCCUGACCGCAGGGACAGUCCUGCCAGCCUUCUUCAUCAUCGGCCUCAUCUUCAUCCCCAUCGGCAUCGGCCUCUACGUGACGUCCAACAACAUCAAGGAGUUCGAGAUUGAUUACACAGGAGUUGACAUGUCCAGUCCGUGCUUCAACUGCUCCAAGAGCUUCAGCUGGAACAGCACCAAGCCUUGCACCUGUUCCAUUCCCUUCCAGCUGGACCAGUCGUAUGAAAGCAACGUCUUCAUGUAUUAUGGACUCUCCAACUUCUACCAGAACCACCGGCGGUACGUCAAGUCCAGAGAUGACAGCCAGCUGAAUGGAAAUGAGAAGUCCCUAGAGGAACCCAGUAAGGAGUGUGAGCCGUAUGCGAAGCACGACAACAAGCCCAUCGCACCCUGUGGAGCCAUCGCAAACAGCAUGUUUAACGACACGCUGGAGCUGUUUUACAACGACCCAAACGGCACAAAGAUCCAGAUUCCACUGACGGCAACAGGAAUCGCCUGGUGGACAGAUAAGCAUGUGAAGUUCAGGAAUCCUGGAGUAGAGAACAUGAACCUUACUGCUGUUUUUCAAGGGACAACAAAGCCCGUGAACUGGCGCCGGCCCGUGUAUGAGCUGGACGCUGAUCCGGACAACAAUGGCUUCAUCAACGAGGACUUCAUCGUGUGGAUGAGAACUGCCGCCCUGCCGACGUUCCGCAAGCUGUACCGGAUCAUCCAGCGGCGAAACAACAUGCUUCCCACUCUGCCCCGAGGAAACUACACCCUGGAAGUGGUUUACAAUUAUCCAGUCCGGAGCUUCGAGGGCAGGAAGCGGAUGAUCCUGAGUACCAUCUCCUGGAUGGGAGGCAAGAACCCAUUCCUGGGCAUCGCCUACAUCACUGUGGGUUCUGUCUGCUUCCUGCUGGGCAUCGUCCUCUUCAUCAUCCACCACAAAUACGGCAACCGCAACAACGGCGCCGACAUCUCUCACUGAAAGAUGGACCAGACUCCAGGCUGGACUGCAGCUUCGCUCUGCUGCAGAGAGCAGCUGUGAAACACCUGUGAGGUUCAGAAUCUGACCCGCUUUAUAGGAUUCCUAAUGAGAUGCCAAAGUGAGAUGGAGCCAAAAAUGAAAAAUAACCUGAUGAGAUCUACAGUCUUAGAGCAAAACAUCCAGUUGGGUCUCGGAAGUAAAGUUUCUGCUCUCCAAACCUUUGUAGUUUUCUGGGUGCUUCGCUUUGAUUGCAGGAACCAGGUCCACAUCAGAUUACCAGAGCUGAGAUGUAGCCCAGAAAACGACCCUGGUAGGGAGGCAGUGAAUUACCCUAAACCUUCGGACUGGAGGCAGGCAGCAUGUCUGAUUGGCUAAAUAUUCCCAACUUUAGAUUCCCGUUGCAGCUCAAAGUUUCUGUAACCUUUAGCUUGUAGAACGGGUCUAGCAGUCCAACCCAGUCAUUUAUGCAGAAUCUCAGUUUGUUUUACAGCAGCUACCUUUUGACACCUCAUUAAAAUCCCUUCCAGUGUUAUUUUAAUGUCUGACUAACAGAUUGAAAUAAAUCCUCAGUACACCUGCAGCUGUGUGUGGAGACGGCGCUAGUGAAUGCUGUCUGGAUGUGGUGUUCAUGUGUCCUCUGAGUGAACCCGGACGUCUGUUUCAGAACAGUCAGUAAGUUACAGCCUUUCUUUCAGUCUGGAGUGAUUUUGCUUGUUAUAGAGGGUAACCGCUGUGACUGAAUUAACGGUUUUAUUGCUGAAAAUCACAGGUUUUUAUUUUUACUGCAGGUGAACCGGACAUUUAAAAUCUGUCACAGGGACACAUUUGCUUCAAGUUAAACUGUUUUGGUGUUUCAGAGAUUAAGUGCUGUGAAACAAACAGGAUAAGGUUUGGUUGGGCUGAUGUUUUCUGCCGUUCUGAAGCUUCCUCCCCUCCUGCUGAGAGAGGGAAUCGGAUCCGAAUGUUGUUUGCAAACAUGAACGCAGAUUCCUGCUGUUGAGCUGGAAGUUUUUCAGGCCGAGUGGGACGUCUCCUAGUUUUAUAACGAUAAACUGAAGCAGCAACACCGAGGAGGAGCGACCUGUUCGUUUCCAGAAACCACACAGCUCCUUUCAGAUCUCCAUGGGACCUCCUGGUUAAAUGAAGGAACAAUAAUAAUCAUCUCAUGUGGACCUCCCCAAUAGAGCUAGAGGAGAAAGCCAAGCAAUCAGAUGCAUAGAAGUGAGAUCUUCCAUUGUUCUUCAGAGAAGCACAGAGGCCAGAAACAUCAUUUUCCCAGCGAUUAGUUACAGGUUUGGUCAGGUUUAACGGUUCUGUUGGAAAAUCCCGGUCCACUUCUCAUCUCUCUACAUUUUCCUUGGAAUUCUGGUAGUUUUUCUUUCUAUAGUUGUUUUUAAAUUAAUUUUGAAUUAAAAAACAGGAAGUGAUCGGAGAGAAGGAUAGGGAGAAACAUCUUCAGUCUUCAUCAAAUGAUCUUCUAGACAGAGGAACCUCUACUGGACCUCAGGUUUGACCCAGUCAGCAACAUCUGAUCUCUUCAGGCUUCAGACAGUCACCUUUUUAACCUGGAGCAGCUGAAUUAGAAGUAUUUUUUCCAAUCGGUACGUGGUCCAUUUCUGGUUCGUGUGGUUUUCUUGCACCAGUACAUCAUCAAAGCUCCUUCCUGUAAUCGUUUAAAAUCAGCGGUUUUCCAGACUUUCUCAAGGUCUUUCAGAGGUUUUCUGUGGGCUUCAGUCUGGUACCUGUCCAUGUUCACAGGAAUUGUUUUUUAACAAGUGGUUAUCCCAACCACUGAAGAAUUUCUAGGAAGUCUGGAUCACAGGAACGGACGUGGAAAGAAAUUAAGACUGGAUCAGGAGUGCAGAACCCUGACAUAUGAGUCAGAACAUUGCUCAUCUAUUCCUUUCCUCUCAGCUGAAGAACAGUUGGUCCCAAAAAGAGGAGAACCCGGUGUGUUUAGGCUCAGUCCAUGUGAGUAACUGCAGCUUUUACUGCAUUACAGAGUUUGAUUUUGGACCUGUUCUGCACCCGAGCAGCUCUCUACAGGAGGAAGACGAGUGGCUGAACAUCAGAACCAACUCUGACAGUGCUAAAAACAACCCUAAGAUUAGAAAUCUAACAGUAAUUAUUAAUAUAGAUUUAUCCUCUCAGCCUCCAGAGAACGGUUCCAGUCAGUUUCAAAAUGAAGCAACUAAACAGAGUGUGGGUUCUGGUUCUGGUUCCUGCAGUGGAUCUGAGUGUUAUGUUGCUGCAUGUGAUUGCGGAGCUGCUUGAACCGCUGGUCUUUGUGCCUCGUUUGGUCCCUAACGUUGUUUGCUGACAGUUUUAAAGCACUUUUGAAGCAACCUUUCACGGAGAGCUGAGCUGAUUGUUUAUUGCAGAGUUUAUGGGAUGUGCAGCCAGUAUCUGGAGGUUCUGAUAAAACACUGUUCUUGGUGUGAAUGGAAAUGACAGCAUGACAGAACAGUGAUGCACGUUUAAUUGGACUCCUGCUGCAUGUUGAACUAAAACGCUUCUUUUAUUUCAUUUGUGUAAAGACAAGAAUCUGCACUGAUGACAUGUUUGUUUUUGAUAAUAUUGUUGCUUUAAAUGAAUAAAUUCUUCAUUUUUACACAA